GGCUGUGUCCUUGUCCCUGUCCUUGUCCCGCAGUGGGGGCCUUGUCCUGCCGGGAAGGGGCCGUCAUUCCAGCCGCCUCCUCGGGAGGCUGCCGGCUACCCGCCCGCAUCCCGGCCGCGCCGCCCGAGCUUGUUUACAGCCGCGGCGAGGGUGGCCGGCGCGGUUCGCGGGUGCUCGGCCCCACGAUCGUGUGGCGGGGGCGCGGAGGACGCGCGGUGCGGCCGCGGGUCUGGCUCCCCUUCCGUGCUUGGGGCUGCGGAGCUCAGGGAGCCCUGCCUGACCCCUCUUCCUCUGUCCCCGGCAGAUCUGCCAGUAUGAACCCGUUCCUGACUGCGCUCAGCCUCUGCUUAGGCCUGGCUCUCGGUGCGCCGAGGCUGGACCCCGAUCUGGAUGGGCACUGGCAGCUGUGGAAGUCGUGGCACAACAAGGACUACCAUGAGAGAGAGGAGAGCUGGAGGAGAGUGGUGUGGGAGAAGAAUUUGAAAAUGAUUGAACUCCAUAAUCUGGAUCACACAUUAGGAAAACACAGCUACAAGUUGGGAAUGAAUCAAUUUGGUGACAUGACAACUGAGGAGUUCAGACAGCUGGUGAAUGGUUACGUACACCAGAAGUCAGAAAGAAAGUACAGAGGAUCCCAGUUUCUUGAGCCCAGUUUCCUGGAAGUACCACGAUCAGUAGACUGGCGAGAGAAGGGAUAUGUAACUCCAGUUAAAGACCAGGGUCAGUGUGGCUCUUGCUGGGCUUUCAGCACAACAGGAGCUCUUGAAGGGCAGCAUUUCAGAAAAACUGGCAAACUUGUUUCACUGAGUGAGCAGAAUCUGGUGGACUGUUCUCGCCCUGAAGGGAAUCAAGGCUGCAAUGGUGGUCUCAUGGACCAGGCUUUCCAGUAUGUGCAGGAUAAUGGGGGCAUUGAUUCUGAGGAAUCCUACCCAUACACUGCAAAGGAUGAUGAAGAUUGUCGCUACAAGGCAGAGUACAAUGCUGCUAAUGACACUGGCUUUGUUGACAUCCCUCAAGGACAUGAAAGAGCUCUCAUGAAAGCAGUUGCAGCUGUGGGUCCAGUGUCUGUUGCUAUUGAUGCAGGCCAUACUUCAUUCCAGUUCUAUCAGUCAGGUAUCUACUAUGAACCAGAUUGCAGCAGUGAAGACUUGGACCAUGGUGUUCUGGUUGUAGGUUAUGGCUUUGAGGGGGAAGAUGUAGAUGGGAAGAAAUACUGGAUUGUUAAGAACAGCUGGGGUGAGAAGUGGGGUGACAAAGGAUAUAUCUACAUGGCCAAGGACAGGAAGAACCACUGUGGAAUAGCAACAGCUGCUAGCUAUCCACUUGUAUAAUUUGAAGACUGAACAUUUCAGUACAAGAGGGGAUUUAAACUGAAUGACCAAACCCAUGUUCACACAUGUGGUAGACUUGUGUCUUUCAAAACUCAACUUGAUUUUUUUAACCUUUUGAAAUAUAUUUUACAUGUUGGUAACAUGCCACUUGUUUUAAAUUAAUGUAAAUGUUGAUAUGUAAACAGCUUGUAAUAUUGCUGGCUUUGAACUGCUUAAUCCAAUAGAUUCUUUGUAUUUUUCCUUUUUUUAAAUUGCAAUGUGCCCAAAGGUUUACUUUUUAAAUAAACACCUAAAUUCCACUGUGUACAGGUGA